AUGGGGUCACCAAUGGCCUCUUUGGUUGCAACUUUUCUAGUCUUAGCAAUCUCUCCUGGUUCUGUUUCUCAAACCACUGCAGAUUACUCUCCUCCUCCGGUUUACGUAUAUCCACCAACACCGGCUAGGCCUUACUCUCCUCCUCCGGUUUACGUAUAUCCACGAGCACCGGCUAGGCCUUACUCUCCUCCUCCGGUUUACAAGUCUCCUCCCCCACCGGUUAAGUACUACUCACCUCCUCCGAUUUACAAGUCUCCUCCCCCACCGGUUAAGCACUACUCUCCUCCUCCGGUUUACAAGUCUCCUCCUCCUCCGGUCUACCACUCCUCCUCCGGUUUACAAGUCUCCUCCUCCUCCGGUCUACCACUCUCCUCCACCACCUAA